AUGUUUAUGAACUUCAGCAUUAAUCAAUAGUAAAAUCAAAAUUCUUGAGAUUUACUGAUUUCCUGCGGCUGUGCUUGCUUGUGGUUUUGUCUGUUCUCAUUUUAUCGCGCUGUUUAAUGAUGAAGGCGAGAAAUGAAGGAGUUUGUAACAUCGUGUGCAUGAAGACGUUGUUUUUCGUGUUCAGUUUCCUAUUUUGGCUUGCAGGACUUGGUAUUAUGGGAGUUGGAAUAUGGAUCAUGGUGUACAAAAGUGAUUAUCAGAGCUUGCUGGAUACUGAUAUAUAUGUCAUUGUCCCUGGUCUUAUGAUUGCAGCUGGAGUUGUGGUCAUUAUUGUAGGAAUUGUGGGAUGUUUAGGAGCAGCCAAGGAAAAUCGGUUUUUCUUAAUUUCAUUUUUAGUGAUGGUGAUCUUGAUUUUCAUUCUGGAAUUAACAAUUGGGAUUCUGGCAUUUGUCUACUCUUCCAAGAUAAAAGAUGAGAUACAAACGUCAAUAAAGGAUAAAAUGAACCAGCAGUAUGGUGUGAACGAUGCUGUCACAAAUUCAAUUGAUACACUGCAACAAGAGAACCGAUGUUGUGGUGACACUGGUGGAAAGAGUUGGAAUGGUACAUCGUGGCAGCAAAGGGAUGGAAAUGAGAAUGUUGUCCCUGACUCAUGCUGUAAAACUGUAUCUGAGGGGUGUGGCAAAAGGAUGCAUCCAUCAAAUAUCAAUAAUGAGGGUUGUUUGACACAAGUAGAGGAAUUCUUUCGAGAACAUUUCUUCAUUCUUGCAAUUGUUGGAAUAGGAGUGGCUUGUCUUCAGCUUGUAGGAAUCAUCGUAACUGUGUGCAUUCUCCGAUUCGUGGAAGAGUAUUAAAUUCACGUUUGAAGUCCUCACACGAGCGGAUAUGUAGACUCUGCAGAGACAUUACCUGGUGGAAAAUGUUUGGAAAAUCGUCACGUAAAACUCUGUAGCGUGUGCUUGUUCCUACGAUACAAUUGUACUUUGAUGUUCGUUCCUUUUUUUUAGUUGUGCAGCUCGCAAAUACUGAGAUGUUUACAGCUUAAGUUUAGCUAUUUUAUGUAAAAAAAAAAAAAGUUGAAAAAGUAUUGCGAGAAGAUUGCAACCCCUCUCAACGGGCCGUGUUUUGUUUAGGCACCUUUCUGUUGACCUCAGCAAAUGCACAUCACACACAGCAACUUUGACAUGUAUUAAUAGUUGGACUGACGGCCAAUUUUCCUCACCAGCGUGCUACAGAUGUAUGGCAUCUAAGUAUAGCUCGUUGGUUAAAACAUUGUAACUUUUACAGAGUUUUUAAAGUGCCUUUUGAGCGUAGCAAACAGACAGAGUGUCUGGAAGAUUUGGUUUCCUUUAUUCGAUUUCGGCAUGGGUUGAAUUUAGUGUGAAGGUUUAAAUCAGUUUGUAAAACGGUGCAUAGAAAUUUCGCUAUGAAUAUUUUGUUUAAAUUGUUUUUUAUUGGUUGUAUAAAAUUGCUUUUCCUUGA